AACCCUAAGCCGCGGAACCCUCUCCUUUUAAAGCCAACGACAAAGAACAGCAUUCUCUCUCCUCAUCAACUUGCGCCGCGACGUUCUUUCUUCUCCGCGUUUGGAUCCAGGGAGAUGGCGCCCAAGAAGGACAAGGGUCCGGCCCCGUCCUCGAAGCCGGCCAAAUCUGGUGGAGGCAAGCAGAAGAAGAAGAAGUGGAGCAAGGGGAAGCAGAAGGAGAAGGUAAACAACGCGGUCCUCUUUGACCAGGCGAACUACGAUAAGAUGCUGUCUGAAGUUCCCAAGUACAAGCAGAUUACCCCGUCCGUGCUGUCCGAGCGAUUGCGGAUUAAUGGAUCACUAGCAAGGAGGGCCAUAAAGGAUCUUAUGGCAAGGGGUGCUAUUCGGAUGGUGUCUGCUCAUGCAAGCCAACAAAUCUACACUAGAGCCACCAAUACUUGAGAGCAGCUGUCUCCCUUGUUUCUCUAGCAAUUGGUACUUAUUUUCCACUUGGGUUAUCGGAUGUUUUCUCGGUAGUAUUAACUAUGUAUGGCAUUUAGUUUUUAUUGCUUUAUCAAGAACAAAUCUCUUCUUUCAGAGUUGAACCUCAUGUUCCCUAUCGAGUUUGCUAGAUAAUAUGUUUUGCCAUUACAAGAAA